AUGGUCAGAUUUCGAGAAGAUAGCCAUCGUCGAGUGAGGCAACGUAAGAAGGAACUUGAGAAAGAAGAUGAAGAACGACGAAAGCAAUCGAUAACUAAAAUUAAACAACAGGCUUUCAAUGCUGCGACAAAUAGAGCACGUAAACGUCGUGAACUAUCUGUCACACCUAUUGCUAAACGUACACGAAACGCUUAUGGCUUAACACCAAUUGCUAAACGAUUUCAUAAUAAAAUAAUGGAGAAUAAAGGAAUAGUACCAGUGAAUACUGCGAAAGAACACCGAGGACGAGUUAAAAUGAUGAAGAAGACUGAACAAAAGGUAACAAUUUUUUUAAGAUUAUUAUUAAAUGACAGCGACAAUAAUAAUUAA